CUUUGCUCUGCAGCCCCACAACCCACUCAGACUUGCACGCCCACACACCUUCCUUCUGCUCGAGCUUCUUCGCUUCUCGCCGUCUCGACACCGCUUCGCCUUCGACCCCUGCGUCGCUGAACACACGCGCGCGCCUCCGUGCCUCGACUUCGGCUCUCGUCGCAGCCAUCGCCCAGCUCGCUGCUCGACGCUUUGCGCAGCUGUCGCUCUCGCCUCUCCUUUCCUGAGGCACAGCUUCUGCCUCUCUCGUGGCAGAGAGUCUUCGCCUGUCGGUGAGGCCUGCUCCUCGACGGCCCCAACGUCUACAUCGCCGCAGCGUGCCCCCGCGCACUGCUCCGUCGCUCCGUCAUGCUGCCCGCUCAGCGCAACAAGGUCGACAUUGCUUCUCUGUCGGAGGAGGAGCAGAAGCUGUUCCGCCUCUACGGCAAGCUGCCGAACCGCAAGGACAUUGUCGGCAACAAGCUCAAGGAGCGCAAGUACUUUGACUCGGGCGACUAUGCGCUGAGCAAGGCGGGCAAGGCGACGCCUCAGUCCGUGGGCACUGCCAUUCCCAACCCCGAGACGAUCCCGCAUGCCUCGACCGUCUCCUCGCCUCCGUCCGGCGGCGCGCCCUCGUCGCUGGGCCCCGCGUCGGCGUCGCAGCCCGUCGCCGUGCCCGACCCGCGCGGCAUGGGGCGCAACCAGCCGCAGGUGAGCGCCUUCCCCACGGCCACGGGCUUCAGCUCCAACGGCUCGCCCGGCAAGGACGGCUCGCCCGUCAACAGCAGCAACCUGGCACAGGCGGAGCUGGGCGUCGACGAUCUGAUGGAGGACUAAGCGUGCGCGCGUUUGCAAGGACGCAGGUGGGGCGUCGGAAGAUACGGCUCCGACCGUCGGCUUCUAGACGCGCAUCGCGGCGGCGGAUGGAGCUUCGGUCCUGCGUCAUCGAGCCAAGUCGCUAUGCUCUCUCGGUACAGGAACGGCCGGCUUCUCUCGUUUUGCGACUCGUCUCUCUCUCUCCUGCCUCUCUUAGCCUCUAAUAGUCGGGCUUCGAACGCUCUCCCUCGUCUUCCUCUUCGGCAAGGCUCUCCCCAUCUCCACACACCCCACUUCACUCCCUCUUCACAUCUCCAACGCACAUCUUCAACCUCCUCGUCCAUCCGAUCGUCUCCCGCCGAUCCGCCGCUCUUCCCGUGUACACUACUCGCGACCCCCAGAACUCGACGUGACUCAGCUUCCUCUUUCGGCCUCUCUCUCUC